AGAGAGAGAGAGGGAGAGAGAGUGUGUGUGGUGAGAGAGAGGGAGAGAGUGUGUGUGUGUGAGAGAGUGUGUGUGUGGGUGUGUGUGCGUGUCAGAGAGGGAGCUCGUGCCUCAGUACAGUUGGAGCUCGGUGUGUGUUCCGGACGUUUGCACGCGCUCCGUGUUUUCUUUAUGCAAGUCUACAUUUCUCCGUGUCUAUAUGUGUGUGUGUGUGUGUGUGUGUGUGUGUGUGCGUGAGUGUGUGUGUGUGUGAGUUCAGUGCGGUGAUAACGCCGCGUUGAUCGAGUCGCGCGCUUUAUUCUCCGCUCCGUUUGUCCGCGCGCUCAGAGAGAUGCGUGUGACUGGAUGAUCCUCGUAUAGACGUGCGUCUGGCCUCUCUCUCUUUCUCUCCCUCUCUCUCUUUCUCUCUCUCCCUCUCUCUUUCUCUCCCUCUCUCUUUCUCUCCCUCCCUCUCUCUCUCUCUCUCUCUCUCCCUCUCUCCCUCCCUCUCUCUCUCUCUCUCCUCCACAUAUUUUUUGUUAGAGCAGAAAUGGACCUCCACCGUGCUGCUUUCAAGUUGGAGAGCUCCUCGUACGUGCCGAGCUCCAUGUCGUCUCCUGCCCUCAUGGUCCUGGCGUCGACGCCGGAGUCCGAUCGCGACCCCUCCGUCGUCCCGUGCCAGACCUCGCGUCCGUUCGGCGUUCCGGUUUCUCUGGAAAAAGACCUGCACCUCCCGUUCCCCAGCGGCUCCUACACCUUUUCCUCUGUGUACCAGAGGCAGGGAGGGUUCACGCCCCGAGACUUCCCCGCCUCGCUGCUCCACCUGCACCCGCAGUUCACUCCGGCUCCGCUGAGCAUGCUGGGACACGGAGCAGUGGGAGCGUUCCGGCCGUUCUCUUCCCCAAACGAGGACAGAGACGCAGGGAUUUAUCAUUCCGCCUUCCUGCCCACCAAGAGGCUUAAGGGAGGCCCGGAGGCGGACACGUCGCCUCGUCUGCGCUACACGGUCACUGAAGGGAAGGAGUUCGAAUUCGGGGUCAACCAACUGCCCUCCGGGUCUCCCGGUGCCCUUAAAGGAGCUGAGGAUUCUGGGAAAAAGAGGUUCAGCGUGUCGGGGCUGCUGGUGGACGCCGAGGCCUCGUGUAGCCCCGAGGAGCGAAAGGAGGGAUGUAAGGUGAAGUGUGUGUGUGAUGUUCAGGCUCCUGUGUGUCCCGUCUGUCACAUGGUUCUGCGACCUGAUGAGCUGCAGGAGCACGUGGAGCAGGAGAUGGAGAGACUAUCACAGCUGCACCUGAGUUCGAGUCCAGCACAGAGUGAGAGUCUCUCGGCCGGGUUAUCCAGGUCUGUGUUUUCUGUCCACAUUAAGCGAGAAGGCGGAUCAUGUGUUUCGUCGCCCCGCCCCACUGACGACGCCAUGCACUCAGACAGGUACCAGACGUUUUUACGAGUCCGAGCCAACAGACAAACACGACUCAGUGCUCGCAUUGGGAAGAUGAAGAGGAGGAAAGCAGAGGAAGAGCAGAGAGACAGUGUGUGUGUUGUGGAAAACGGCUCUGUGGCAGCAGCAGGAACAGGAGACGAGUACGAGUGGAGUGAACAGAGGAGGGUGCACGUGGUGUCCAUCCUGACCGGAUACAGAGGUUUAGUAAACAGCACGUCUAAGGAGCAGCAGGACAGUGACGUGGACUUGGACGUGGAUGGAGACGAUACUCUGAGUUACGGACGAGCGCAAUACACAGAGACGGACGUGAUCCCGAGCGCAGGAGACGCCGAGGACAGCGAGGCGGUGUUAAAUAGGGAAGCAGCGAGUCGACUUUCUCCAGAACACACCAGGUGGUCCACAGCCGAAACUCCAUCUACGAGUAAUGAAGAUCACAGCAGGCCAGAUGUCAGCGUGAACGUCUCUCCAGCCUGCAGGAGCUGUCAGUUUGAGAUGCCAUCUGGUGACUCCUUUAACACCCUGGAAGCGUUGAAGUCCCGGAUCCGAGACCUGGAGAAGCAGCUGACUCGAGGCGACCGAAUUAAAUGUCUUAUCUGCAUGGACUCGUAUACGAUACCGCUGGCUUCGAUCCAGUGUUGGCACGUGCACUGUGAGGAGUGCUGGCUCCGUACGCUGGGAGCGAAGAAGCUGUGUCCACAGUGUAACACCAUCACUUCCCCGGGUGACCUGCGGCGUGUGUAUUUGUGACGAGGCCGUACUACAGCACCAGACAACAUCCACUUCCUGAAGAUGGCUUUCUGUCUUUUGGAUUGGACAUUGAUUAAGAAAACUUCCUGUUUGCUGGAACUUGUUCUCCUUUAUUCAUGUCAUGACACUCCAGUGUUUUAUAAACGAGCUUGCCCAGUUGUCAUUGUGUGCAUUUAAAUUUCAUGUCUUUGGGUCGUAUUCAGAGAUUCAGAGUUGAGUUAAGCGCUGAGUGAGGAUUUAACACAGAAAUUACACAUAUCAGUAUUCAGACAUCAGACGUAACUACAGACUUAAGCACUGUUCAGGAGUUACGUGAGAGUUACACAGAGGCGUGUCUCAGUUACGCUUGAGUCUGACCGAGUGAGGAGCAGUAUUAAGUCCAGCGCCGCUGUCUGACAGUUUGAUGCAACCACAAUAUGUCACGCUGAAAUGUAUGUUCUGUACUGUGGAAUGGCAUUCAAGGACAAUAUUAAAUACAUAAUUAUGACACUAUUCCUUAAUGAAUAAUAUCAUCACGUUAAAGUCCAUGAGAAAGUGAUUUUUUUAAAAGGGAGAACAUCGGAGGAGAUGCAUCUUAAUCAGAGACAUGGCUUAUCACAAGGACCGAAUUUUUUAAGUGUAUAAUGAUGAAUGAACUUAAAGUUUCUCUGUAAGCAUAGCAGCUGAGCACUCGGUCAGAUUAUCCUUCAAAACAACGGCAGCAGGAGAGCAAAAAAACAUGAUUAUUUUAUUAAUUUGACAAAAAAAAGUAUCAGAGCACAAUAAAAAGGCAAAAUAACAGGAGCUGGAUCAAGUGCUAUUCUAUAUGCUGCUGAUUAAUAAGUGUGGAAACUGUUUUGUUAAAUUAAACCAGUGAUUAUUGAGAUAAUUACAACUAGGACUUUUCAUGCAGCAAUAUAUUGGUGAUAUACGAGACUCUUCUUAGAUUUAUUUCUUUUUAUUUGUUUAUUUUUGCUUUUAUGCUACAUCAAGAAAAAGGUGAGUGUUUGUGUUUAAAGGCGGUGGUCUAGACGCUACUGAAAAACUCCGUCUCAGACACUUUUACUCAAGAACAACCUGGCAACCCCAGAGGUGUGAACUACACACAGGUGAUUUUAAUAAUCUGAAUGUGAAGCUCAGAAAAUUCACUUCAGCAGCUGCGUAACUCGACUCUGAAUACCAGGAACUUUCCCCACGGAAAUACUGACUUAACUUUCGAACUCUGAAUAUGACCCUUUAUGCCUGCACAGGUAGAAACAGACUUAAAGCCCGAGCAUCACAGACAGGAUGCUUUAAUUAACAGAGAUGCCCCUCACACACACACACACACACACACACACAAUGUAAAUAUGUUAAGCAAGAGAACUUGUACAUUUCUAUGUUUACUAACUUGACCUGAUUUUGUAAUUUAAUAUGUUGAAUAGAUUUUCAGGAGCAUUUAUGACUAAAUAUGAGCCUGUAACUAUAGAGUAAGAUUUUAGUCACGUAAGUUUUACUAUAAUUAAUUAGUAAAUUUGUGUAAAACAGGAUGUUACAUUACAAAGAAUUCUGAUAGUUAUUAGAAUAAUUUUUUUUUUAAUCCUUCCAACAGUUAAAUGCUACAAAAAAAGGGGAUUAAGGGAUUAGGACCCUAAUGAACCGGGGACAUGCUCCUAUUCAGGACAUGAAGAUGUAGAACCUCAGAUUUUUACAUCUAUACAUUCAAACCUUCGUUAUUUUAAAUAUAUAUCCUGGUAGCCUUAACACCUAAACAAGACAACAUCGAAAUACUUACUUGUUUUUUUUUUUCUUCUUUAAUAUACAUGAUAUUAAUAGUAAUCUUGAUAUAAGAGCUCAGAGUGUUAAAUUUGGGCUGAUUCCACGAUUAAGAGUUAAUUAAGUGUAAAUCAGAGUUAGCGUCAGAGAGUGUCGAGCCGUGUGUAGGUUACGAGGUGGACGAGACAGACGGCGGUGAGGAGGUGAGGACAUGGACACCAAAUCCUCUGCAGCUUUUUUACUGAGAAAAACAAAAAGUUUUCCACUCUGAGUCAAAGACUAAAUAUCGUAACUAAGCAUUGUUACUUAUUUAAGCAUAAGAUGUGAGUUUUCUUUAGCACAGCGUGUAGCGCUAGUUUUGUUCAUGUCUGUACUGAGCGUCGGAGCGAUAAAGCACUUUUCAUAGUUUUGACCUGAUAUUAAUGACUUGUAAAUAAACAUCCACAUGUUUCACCAGAAGAGCUUUUUGCAUUUUGGGUUUGUGCUUUGUGUUUAUGGUUUAUAGUAAAUAUUUUUUGGAAAUCGAUUCUUGAUCAUCUUCCAGUUUUAGAAGAACAUGAGAAGAUAACGAGUUGAUUUUAGAGGUCCUGAUGAUGAUGUUUGCAUUUGUACAGUUUUCCACUUACUUAACCGUGUAAAGUGUCUGUUGCUUUUUACAUUUAGAACAAUUAAUUUAUAAAAUAUCUUAAUAUCAAUCUUACAGUAUUAUAAAUCAUUAUCUUGCCCUUGUUUGAUACUGAAAAUCUUCUGUAAUCUUUUGUUCAUUACCAUAAAAUUGACUAUGUCACUUAAUAUUGGAUCAUCUUUACUAAAUUAUAAAUCAGUCUUGUUGCUCACAGCCUCAAUCCAUAUAACUGUUGAAUCCUGGAUUGUGAUUGGUCAGAAGGUGUUGAUUAAUUCUCUAUAACAGCAGCUCUGACAGUAGUGCAGCUGCAAAUUACAGGUUUAUAUUAAUGCACUCGCUCUAACACGUUAUCGUUUCUAUAGUAACAGCUCAUUCACAGCGACUCGUACUGCGGAAGCUCCACACAAACGGAUAAAAAAAACCUGUGUGUAAUUGAAGGAGACGUUUAUUUAACACUUAUGGAAGGAGUCUCCAGCGUCAGCACUUUGU